UUACGUUACGUCUACGUCCGCGCCUAGCCUCCAGCAGCAGCAGCAGCAGUCGGAGCAGUAGCAGCCCUCACCAACCCCAGAACCCAGACCCCAGACCAGUUUUCGUGGACAGCAAUGACGUACUGAGGUCGUCGCUCGCUCCCUCCCUCCCGGUUCUCGCUCUCGCGCUGCGCUCUCUCUUCGGCGUGUACUCUUGUGUCGGUGUGGUGUUGCCAAAAUAUAAAACUUCAUAAAAAAGUCUUCUUAACGGAAAGCGGCAGCAACAGCAGCAAAACCAAGAACGGCAGUGAAACACACGGCAGCAUUUUUCGUUCAAGCUAACACUUUUGACGUCCACACUCUGACGAAAUGACCACCAAACAGAAGCAGUCUCGAUGGUACUUCGGGGGAUUGGCCAGCGCUGGCGCUGCCUGCUGCACCCACCCACUGGACCUCAUCAAGGUCACGCUGCAGACGCAACAGGGCAAGCUGUCGGUGCUGCAGCUGGUGCCCAAGAUCAUCAAGGAGCAGGGCGUGCUCGCCUUCUACAGCGGUCUCUCCGCCUCCAUGCUGCGGCAGCUGACGUACUCCACGACGCGCUUCGGUGUGUACGAGGUGGGCAAGGAGUACAUCAACACGGACACAUUUGGCGGCAAGAUUGCUCUGGCUGGUCUCUCAGGACUGGCUGGCGGCAUUAUUGGCACACCCGCGGACAUGGUCAACGUGCGCAUGCAGAACGAUGUGAAGCUGCCAGCUGAGCAGCGAAGAAACUACAAGAACGCCAUCGAUGGCCUGUUCAAGGUGUAUCGGCAGGAGGGCUUUGCGCGCCUCUUCUCGGGCGCCACCACCGCCACGGGUCGCGGCAUACUCAUGACCAUCGGCCAGAUUGCGUUCUACGAUCAGACGAAGGUGUACCUGCUGGCCACGCCCUACUUCCAGGACAACCUAAUGACGCACUUUACCGCCUCGCUGGUGGCGGGCGCCAUAGCCACCACGCUAACCCAGCCGCUGGAUGUGCUGAAGACGCGCUCGAUGAACGCCAAGCCGGGCGAGUACACCGGCCUCUGGGACAUUGUGCGGCACACGGCCAAGCUGGGUCCCAUGGGCUUCUUCAAGGGCUACAUUCCGGCGUUUGUGCGUCUGGGACCGCACACGGUGAUCACUUUCGUGUUCCUCGAGCAGCUGCGCCUGAACUUUGGCUAUGAGAAGUCCAGCUAGCCGGGGCUGGGCCCAGCCCGAAUGGUUUCCUAUUAGGCAAUAAGCUGGCCGGCAGGCUGUUCCCCAAUCCCCCGGUCGCAAAGCCAACAUUCCAGCUGCAAUUACUUAAACAACUCAAACGACACUUUGCUACACACACAACACAAAAAGAAUAAUUUAGUUUUUAGGCGAAUGUUAAACCGUUGAUAGAUGCUUUUAUUGUUGUAGAGUUUUAGCUUAUACUUCAUCAUUGCCGUGCUAUUAGUAAUUAAAAUAUAAUUUGUUUAUAAA